CCUGGCAGGAGCCGCACCUCGGACAGCAGCAGCGGCGGUCGCGGGAGGGUCCGUGUGGCGCUUGGCGGCGGCGGCGGCAGGGUCCUGCGUGAGAGAGUGGAACGGAACGCGGGGACCGCGGGUGGAGGUUCCGUGCGGCCGGACUGACACUCGGCGACCGGACCUGGGGAUCCGCCGGGGGACCAGCGUCAAAAGAGCGACCCGGGAACAAGUGUGGAGAGGAAGCGUCGGUGGCGACGCCGGGCCCGGGGGUGGUGACAGCAGGUCUGAGGUGUACCAUAAAUACAAAAGACUGAAGUUAAUAAAAGAAGAAAAAAAGAUUGCUGCUAAAAUGAAUCUGAGAAAUACAGUAUAUUUUGUGCCAUACACAAAGAGGUACUAAAAAUUUACCAAAAAAAUAUUGUCAAUGAGAGAUAAAGCUGACUGGGAUAUCAAAAGCAAAACACUUGCAAAUACUGGUCAUCAUGCGUAAAGGGGUGCCAAAGGACCCAGAGAUUGCUGAUCUGUUCUACCGGGAUGAUCCUGAAGAACUUUUUAUUGGUCUGCAUGAAAUUGGACAUGGAAGUUUUGGGGCAGUUUAUUUUGCCACAAAUGCUCACACUAAUGAGGUGGUGGCAGUUAAGAAAAUGUCCUAUAGUGGGAAGCAGGCACAUGAGAAAUGGCAAGAUAUUCUUAAGGAAGUCAAAUUUUUACGACAAUUGAAGCAUCCUAAUACCAUUGAGUACAAAGGUUGUUACUUGAAAGAGCACACUGCUUGGUUGGUGAUGGAAUAUUGCUUAGGAUCAGCAUCCGAUUUGUUAGAAGUUCAUAAGAAACCACUUCAAGAAGUGGAGAUCGCGGCCAUCACUCACGGUGCUUUGCAGGGCCUAGCCUACCUGCAUUCUCAUGCAUUGAUUCAUAGGGAUAUUAAAGCAGGAAAUAUUCUUCUAACUGAGCCAGGUCAGGUGAAACUAGCUGAUUUUGGAUCUGCCUCAAUGGCUUCUCCAGCCAACUCCUUCGUGGGCACACCUUACUGGAUGGCUCCAGAGGUGAUCUUAGCUAUGGACGAAGGACAGUAUGAUGGGAAAGUUGAUAUUUGGUCACUUGGAAUCACCUGUAUUGAAUUGGCGGAACGGAAGCCCCCCCUUUUCAACAUGAAUGCAAUGAGUGCCUUAUAUCACAUUGCUCAGAAUGACUCCCCAACAUUACAGUCUAAUGAAUGGACAGACUCCUUUAGGAGAUUUGUUGAUUACUGCUUGCAGAAAAUACCUCAGGAAAGGCCAACGUCAGCGGAACUAUUACGGCAUGACUUCAUUCGCCGAGACCGGCCACUACGUGUCCUAAUCGACCUCAUACAGAGGACAAAAGACGCUGUUCGUGAGCUAGAUAACCUACAGUACCGAAGAAUGAAAAAAAUCCUUUUCCAAGAGACACGAAAUGGACCCCUUAAUGAGUCACAGGAGGAAGAAGAAGACAGUGAACAUGGAACCAGCCUGAGCAGGGAAAUGGACAGCCUGGGCAGCAACCAUUCCAUCCCCAGCAUGUCUGUGAGUACAGGCAGCCAGAGCAGCAGUGUGAACAGCAUGCAGGAAGUCAUGGAUGAGAGCAGCUCUGACCUUGUCAUGAUGCAUGAUGAUGAAAGCACAGUAAAUUCCAGUUCCUCUGUUGUACCCAAGAAGGAUCAUGUAUUCAUAAGGGAUGAGGCGGGCCACGGCGAUCCCAGGCCUGAGCCGCGGCCUACCCAGUCAGUUCAGAGCCAGGCCCUCCACUACCGGAACAGAGAGCGCUUUGCCACGAUCAAAUCAGCAUCUUUGGUUACACGACAGAUCCAUGAGCAUGAGCAGGAGAACGAGUUGCGGGAACAGAUGUCAGGUUAUAAGCGGAUGCGGCGCCAGCACCAGAAGCAGCUGAUCGCCCUGGAGAACAAGCUGAAGGCUGAGAUGGACGAGCACCGCCUCAAGCUACAGAAGGAGGUGGAGACGCAUGCCAACAACUCGUCCAUCGAGCUGGAGAAGCUGGCCAAGAAGCAAGUGGCUAUCAUAGAAAAGGAGGCAAAGGUAGCUGCAGCAGAUGAGAAGAAGUUCCAGCAACAGAUCUUGGCCCAGCAGAAGAAAGACUUGACAACUUUCUUAGAAAGUCAGAAGAAGCAGUAUAAGAUUUGUAAGGAAAAAAUAAAAGAGGAGAUGAAUGAGGACCAUAGCACACCUAAGAAAGAAAAGCAAGAGCGGAUAUCCAAGCAUAAGGAGAACUUGCAGCACACACAGGCUGAAGAGGAAGCCCACCUUCUCACUCAGCAGAGACUGUACUACGACAAAAACUGUCGUUUCUUCAAGCGGAAAAUAAUGAUCAAGCGGCACGAGGUGGAGCAGCAGAACAUUCGGGAGGAACUAAAUAAAAAGAGGACCCAGAAGGAGAUGGAGCAUGCCAUGCUAAUCCGGCACGACGAGUCCACCCGAGAGCUAGAGUACAGGCAGCUGCACACGUUACAGAAGCUACGCAUGGAUCUGAUCCGUCUACAGCACCAGACUGAACUGGAAAACCAGCUGGAGUACAAUAAGAGGCGAGAGAGGGAACUGCACAGGAAGCAUGUCAUGGAACUUCGGCAACAGCCAAAAAACUUAAAGGCCAUGGAAAUGCAAAUUAAAAAACAGUUUCAGGACACUUGCAAAGUACAGACCAAACAGUAUAAAGCACUCAAGAAUCACCAGUUGGAAGUUACUCCAAAGAAUGAGCACAAAACAAUCUUAAAGACACUGAAAGAUGAGCAGACAAGAAAACUUGCCAUUUUGGCAGAGCAGUAUGAACAGAGUAUAAAUGAAAUGAUGGCCUCUCAAGCGUUACGGCUAGAUGAGGCCCAAGAAGCAGAAUGCCAGGCCUUGAGGCUACAGCUCCAGCAGGAAAUGGAGCUGCUCAAUGCCUACCAGAGCAAAAUCAAGAUGCAAACAGAGGCACAACAUGAACGUGAGCUCCAGAAGCUAGAGCAGAGGGUGUCUCUGCGCAGAGCACAUCUUGAGCAGAAGAUUGAAGAAGAGCUGGCUGCCCUUCAGAAGGAACGCAGCGAGAGAAUAAAGUACCUAUUGGAAAGGCAAGAGCGAGAGAUUGAAACUUUUGACAUGGAGAGCCUCAGAAUGGGAUUUGGGAAUUUGGUUACAUUAGAUUUUCCUAAGGAGGACUAUAGAUGAGAUUAAAUUUUUUUGCCAUUUACAAAAAAAAAAA